AUGGUCCAUGCUCCGGCAUCCCACAUCUUGGCACGUCUCGGCGUUCGCGUUGUCCUCACGCUCAACCUUUCGACACCCAUUGGCAACUUUAGCCUGAUCUUCGUCAACCUCGGCCCACAGAACGAGUGGCGCGCAAGCUUUGGCAUUUACGGCGCGUGCUACCAUCGCAUGCUCAAGGUGCCCAGUCUCGGCGCCGUGCUCACAAAGGGGCUCUUCUUCGUGCCCCUCACCACCAUCCUGGUCUUCAUCACCUCCCUGUUCUUGUCUGCGGCACUCACAACGCGCCAGAAGCAAUAA